AUGAGACCUUUAGAUGAGACUGAGACCACAGCAGUGUUCGAAAAGCUUUUCAAGUUCACAGGCAACAACCUCAAAAACAUAGUCGAGAACCCUUCUCAUGAAGGCCCAGACCCGGAUUCAGGCCGUUAUUGCUUUCGCCUCCACAAGAACAAGGUCUACUAUGUUAGCGAAUCACUAGUAAAGCGUGCUACAAAUAUAGCUCGGACUCAGUUAGUCUCUCUGGGCACUUGUAUCGGUAGGUUUACUCAUGGUGGUAGUUUCCACUUAACAGUUCAGUGCUUGAGUUUAGUGGCCUCAAAUGCUAAACACAAGGUCUGGCUCAAACCUACAUCUGAGAUGUCGUUCUUGUACGGAAACCAUGUCUUGAAAGGUGGUUUGGGGAGGAUUACAGAGAAUAUUGUGCCAGGUGAUGGCGUGGUGGUGUUUUCGAUGUCAGAUGUCCCUUUGGGUUUCGGGAUUGCGGCCAAGUCUACUCAGGAUUGUAGGAAGUUGGAUCCCAAUGGAAUUGUGGUGCUUCACCAGACAGAUAUUGGAGAGUACUUGAGGAUGGAGGAUGAUCUUUGA